UUUGACCACUUUGAAAUUUUGCGAGCCAUUGGGAAAGGCAGUUUUGGAAAGGUCUGCAUUGUGCAGAAGAAUGAUACCAAGAAGAUGUAUGCAAUGAAAUACAUGAACAAACAAAAGUGUGUGGAACGCAACGAAGUGAGAAAUGUCUUCAAGGAGCUCCAGAUCAUGCAGGGUCUGGAGCAUCCUUUCCUGGUUAAUUUGUGGUACUCCUUCCAAGAUGAGGAGGACAUGUUCAUGGUAGUGGACCUCCUGCUGGGCGGGGACCUGCGUUAUCACCUGCAGCAGAAUGUCCGCUUCCAGGAAGACACCGUGAAGCUCUUCAUCUGUGAGCUGGCCAUGGCCCUGGACUACCUGCAGAGCCAGCGCAUCAUCCACAGGGAUAUGAAGCCUGACAAUAUUUUGCUCGAUGAACAUGGGCACGUGCACAUCACAGACUUCAACAUCGCGGCGAUGCUGCCCAGGGAGACGCGGCUCACCACCGUGGCGGGCACCAAGCCUUACAUGGCACCUGAGAUGUUCAACUCCAGAAGAGAAACGGGCUAUGCCUUUGCUGUUGACUGGUGGUCCCUGGGAGUGACGGCAUAUGAGCUCCUCAGAGGCCGGAGACCAUACCAUAUUCGCUCCGGUGCGUCCAGCAAGGAAGUCGCGCACAUGUUUGAGACGGCUAUUGUGACUUACCCUUCUGCCUGGUCACAGGAAAUGGUGUCACUACUUAAGAAGCUACUUGAGCUGAAUCCAGACCAACGAUUCUCUCACUUGUCCGACGUUCAGAACUUCCCAUAUAUGAAUGACAUGAACUGGGAUGCAGUUUUGCAGAAGAGGCUUAUUCCAGGUUUUAUUCCUAAUAAAGGCAGGCUGAAUUGCGACCCCACCUUUGAACUUGAAGAAAUGAUUUUGGAGUCCAAACCUCUUCACAAGAAAAAGAAGCGCCUGGCAAAGAAGGAGAAGGAGAUGAGGAAAUGUGAAUCCUCUCAGAUGUGCCUUCUUCAAGAGCAUCUUGAGUCUGUCCAGAAGGAGUUCAUAAUUUUCAACAGAGAAAAAGUAAAAAGGGACUUUAACAAAAGGCCAGCUAAUCUAACCUUGGAACAAACCAAAUACCCACAAGAAGAGAAUGGCCAGAAUAACAGCAUGUGAAAUCCUCAACAUCUUCUGCUCUGGACAUGUCCUGCCACCUCGGGCGGGAACUUCUGAUCCCCACGCCAGGAAUUGCUGACAGUAGUUCUCACCUCUCCACACCUCACACACCUCAGAAAAUGUGAAUGAAUGCCUUGGGGAGGAGGCAACAGGAUACAGGGAGUCCUGGGUCUCCUGGGAUCUAGUUUCACCUCUAAUCAACCGUGUGGCAUUGAGCAAGUCACUUAACUGCAGCUUGGGUUUAUUCAUCUCAAUGAGAGGGUUUUUCUAGAUGAGCUCUGUCCUGCCUUUUUACUGCUACC